AUGAUUCAUCAACACAAUUCAAAUAAAGAUUUAACAAAGUCAGAUUCUAAAAAUUUAUCAUUUACAAUCCAUACUCUAUUAGAACUUAACAACAAUGAUAAAAAAAAUAAUGAGAAAAAUGGAACAACUACUACUCAGAAUAGUAAUAACGAUGACAAAAAUUCAUUGAAACGUUCAAUGGUUCCAAUGACAACUAGAAAAGAAACUUGCAACUCUAUCAAAAAUCCACAUCAUCAUUUAAACAAUUCGACGCCAUCAAAAUUAUUAGAAGAAAAAUUAUUUUCACAAUUUAUUAAAAAUGUUUAUUUAUCACAACAAAUUCAAAAUCAUCAUCAUCAUCAUCAUCAUUUAGGAUUAUCAUCAACGACAUCGUCAUCAUCAUCAUCAACAGCAUUAUUGAACAUUGAACAAUUGAACAGUUUAAAAGAAUCGUUAAUUUCAUCGAAAACAUUACUGCCAACUAGUUCAUUAAAACAAUCGGAUAAUUAUGUGAAUAAUACUUGUUAUAUGAACCCUUUAACAAUAACAACAACACAUACAACUAGUACUACUCCUACUACUAAUAUUACUACUACUACUACUAACAAUUGUAUUCAAUACAAUAAUCUUGAUAUCAACACAAUUGUAAAUAAUUAUUUACAAACAGAUAAUAAUUGGUUACAGUUUUUAAAUUUUACACCUGAUCCAUCUUAUUUAAUUCAGUCAGCAGUCAAUGAUCAAUGUGAAUCAGUGGAAAAUUCUAAUUUGAAACAAUUGAAUUCUGAUUAUUUCCAAUUGAAAUGUAAUCAACUUAAAGAAGAUGUGAAUUAUUUGAAAAAAAAUAUUGAAAAAAAAAUUCUUUUCAAUCCUAACACUGAACACCCUCUCCAUUGUCCUAUUCAGUCAACAACACCUACAUUGAAUACUACUGAUUCAGGUAAAAAUUACAGUACAGAGUUUCUCAAUGACACUUUAUUACAACACAAUAAAUUCAAUUAUGACAAACAAGCAUUCUCAUCCUCCAUGUUGAUUUCAUCAUUAUUGCCUUCCGUAGAACAACACUACACUCCUUAUUAUCAUUAUGAUAAUUCCUAUUGGAAUCUACCAUACACUACUACUAGUAGUAGACUAGACUCUCAUAACAACAAUACUAAACAAGACAAUUCAUUACAACAUUCCAUUCAAUCCCAGUGUUCAUUGACUAAUUGCUAUAAUACAAGCAAUCUUGACAAACUAUCAGCUGUAACAUCUAACUUUAUAAAUCCUAUUCAUUAUUCUGUCAUGAACUGUACAACGGCGGAUAUUAUUUCUCGAAUGAAUAAUGAUUAUGUUGCUGCUAGUAAUAGUAGCACUACAAAUACUACUACUAGUACUACUAGUACUACUAGUAGUACUAUAACUAGCCCUACUACUUAUAAACCGAAACGUGAAUACAGAAUGAAAUCUAGAAAAUCGAUUCCUACUAAUUUUGUACAUAAAAAAUCCAAUAUCACAUCCAACUGUUUAACAUCACCUGGAAAUGUCAAUUUAUUGACAGAUUUCAUGAAUCCGGAGCAUGUAUUCAUGAAAUCCGAUUGUAACGACAGGAAUGAUCAUCAUCAGAGAGGUGACCACAAUGAUAGUGGUGAUGCUGAUGACGGAGAUGAUGACGAUGAGUGCGGUGAUAGUGGUGAUCUGGACGGUAAUAACAAUAACACUACUAAUAAUCUCAAAUCAAACAAACGUAGAAGACAUAGGACAAUAUUUACAAGUGGACAAUUGAAAGAAUUAGAGAAAGCAUUUCAUGAAGCUCACUAUCCAGAUGUUUAUCAACGUGAAUUGUUAUCAAUGAAAGCUGAACUACCUGAAGAUAGAAUACAAGUAUGGUUUCAAAAUCGACGUGCAAAAUGGCGUAAAACUGAAAAGAAAUGGGGUAAAAGUAGUAUAAUGGCUGAAUAUGGUCUAUACGGUGCAAUGGUACGACAUUCAUUACCGCUGCCAAAAACAAUAUUGAAAUCAGCAUUGGAUAAUAAUGAUGAAUCGUGUGCCCCAUGGUUAUUAGGUAUGCAUAAAAAGUCAUCAAUACAUCAAUCCAGUAUAGAAUCACAAGAAUUAAAACAAGAUCUAGUCCAAAAUGAUUCAAGUAAUUGUGAUCUAUCAAGUCCAACAAAUACAAUCACUUAUUUAACUGAAUCCAUACACUCAGCAGCAUCGUCAUCAUCAACAUCAUCCUCAUCGAAUGAAUCAGAUAAAUUGAAUAUUGACAAUGAACUGGUGAGUAAAACAAAGCUCAAGUUAAUGGAUAAACAAGAUGAUGAUUAG